GGUACUUAUAUUUUGUCAAUAUAGCAUUCAUACUGCUGGGGUUUGGUACUCAACACGUGCCCCCUCAACAAUAUAGCAAUUUUAUCUAUCUCGAAAUCUGCCGGCUUAGGUACUCAUAGGUGUAUGUGUGAGCGUCUGCAUUCAUACUAUUUUUCUACAAAAAAUAUCUCCUCAGCCAAUGUAUUAAGUUGAACUGCAUCUAGCUCAAACAUUCUAUAAAUACAGCCCCCGACUGCCUAUCUCCCACACAGUUCUCAAGCGAGAAGCUACAACAAUCCUUUCCUUGGCAACUCUGCCCUCCUAAGAGCCAAUAACCCUGGCCAUGGCUACUCCCUACUUCACAAUCGCUCCUUGCCAGUAUGUCCUCUGCCAAAAUGAGGUUACCAUGAAGUUGUAUUUGCACCAAGUCGUGCAAGGACAACCCAACCAAAACCAAGUAGCGAUAGUUCCCUCCAACCAACCUGCUGGGUUUGGUACCAUCGCAGUUAACGAUUGGACUGUAAUCGAUGGACCUAACCCCAAUGCAAAGAUUGUGGCACGUGCAAAAGGCAUGCAUAUCCAGGCUGAUCAAGCCAAUGCUGGGUGGUACACUUCUCUCCUCAUAAUAUUUGAGGAUGGCAGGUUUAAGGGAUCCUCGCUUCAGGCUCUGGGAAUCACAGCAUCGACAGGUGAAUUUGCAAUUAUUGGUGGUACUGGGGAAUUUAAGAUGGCCCGUGGUACUAUCAAGUACAACAUAGUCCUGAACACCCCCAACGUUGAGAGUAUCAGGGAGCUCAAUAUUCAGGCAUUCUAUACUCCAGAAACUCCUCCAGCUGCCCAGGGUGCAAUUACUAUUGUGAAUGCAACGGGCCAGGCUCCCGAUUGAGCAAAAUGGAAAACUCCUGCAAACAUGAAUACCUAUGACUUGUGUUGCCAUAUCCUGGAAACUGUCUGCCACCCUUUCUCAUUUUCCAUUCACAAUAAUACUUGGACCUCCGGCGAGGGAUUGUGAACAUCCCACGUCCAAGUACUGCAGCCUGUCUGCUGUUGCUGUUUU